UCCAUUGUCGCCUCCUCCAUUGUCCUAUUACUAAUACAGUAUCAUCGUCCUGCCUGGCUGCUCUCUCCUGAACGCUCGUCUUGCUCGUCUCCUCGCUUUCGUCUCGUCACCUUUUAUCGUCUAGUCGGAUCAUUAUUCAGCCAUGGGGAAACGAGAGGAUAACGACUCUACCAACCUGCCUCUCGUUAAAGUGGGUCGGUUCGGGCGCGUGACGGUGGCGGAGCAGGGCGCGGAGGACCGGGACGCGGCGGCGUACAAGCGGCUGAUGGCGCUGAUGAAGGAGGAGGCGAGGCCCAUCGGGUACCUGCACGGCCGGGGAGCGCUGGACCACGACGACCUGAACUACCUGCGGGAGCACAUCCGCGCGGAGGAGGAGACAGAGAAGCUCAGGCAGCACUCGGAGAAGAGGGCCUUCGCUGCUCUCAAGGCAGCUGCAGCCAAGAGUGAAAGUUCACAACCACCAGCAUUAGCCAGCCCUGCAGCCUCGCCCUCAGCACCGCCCAAAGCUAAAUUCCCCAACAGGCAAAAGGCACUUCUGAAAGCAAUUGUUGAAGUGAAGCCAAAGAGGCCCCGUCUUGAACAGGGGAAUGAAACGGAAGCACCAGCUAAACCUGAGCAAUCUUCAAAAGCAUCAAAUGGAGCUCGCAAUUCCAGCAGCUUGGGCGGUUCGAUAUUAGCUCCAUCUCAAUCAAGUUUGGAGGAUGCCAAAAGCUCUGCAGCAGUGGAAGCCAAGGAAGCUGUGUCCAUAGGUCAAGAGGGGCGAUCAUCUCCAGCGGAACCUAGCGGCCCGGGUCUUCUUGGCCUAGCAUAUGAUGAUGAUAGUGACGAGGAGUAACUUCAGUCAUUCUUGUACAGUAUGCAGCAUGCCCUAGUCCUUUGUAGGGCAUGCUUAGGAAAUAAUGAUGUGAAAUGUAA